AACAACCUUCCACCUUUCUCUGUUGGCCCCCACAGGCAACAACUAGAAUGCACUUGUUAAUUUCCCACCUAAAAAAAGGAAUUUUAUCGCGAGCAAAUGGAGCGAUUACCCUUUAGUCUCCCCUUUCUCUCCCUCGCUCUCUCUCUCUCUCUCUCUUUUCCUGCCAGCAAAAACUAGAAUACACUUCGAAAUUUCCCGUCUAAAAAAUUGCUUUGUGAUGAGAGGAAAUCAGUCCGCCUGUUUCCCCGCCAAGAAUAACUUUUUUUUCCACGACAAAACAAUUGCGGGAAAACCAAGAGUGAGACAAACCAUGUUUUGGUCUGAGAUAAACAUAAACCUAUUUCAGUUUGGUGAGAACUACAGACAGGUAAAUCUACCAAAACAAAACCAGAAACAAAACGAUAGAUUGAAUUAUCUACGAAAAAUAAAGGUAAAGAUACGACUUUCUUUCAUUUGGUUGUUUUAAAUUCCUUCAGGCGGGCCGUUUGAAGAAAAGCUGACUACAUAAUGGAAAUAGGAGCAAAAGCAGUCGAAAACAAGCGUUACGUAACGAAUAGCUGGAAGGAGUAUGGGAGGAUAAAAUACAURAACUAAGGCAAAUGAUUAAGUUUUAGCCGAGAGCGGAUGUUAUAUUCCCUAGAGGAAAAAUAUAUAUUACAAAACAGUAAAGAGAGUUAGCUUACAACGGAUGAAGUCGAUAAUUUAAAAAAACUUUUGACCAUGAAGAGUUUCAAAAAACGUUUUAAUAUUUAAAAAUGUUUUUCUCGAUAAUACUAAAUAUCCUAAAAAAAUUUUUUAAGACGAAUAAAUGAGAGAUUUUGGCCAGAUUCAGUAGCGAAUUCAAGAUAGAACGACUACGUUACCUACGCCGUCCUGUCAUUAGCACAAAGCAGACACUCAUAACGGGUUUUUGCGCAAAUGAUAUUAAGAGGAUGAUUUGGUCAGAAGUAAAACGGUUAGCAAAAAAUAACAAUAGCAUUCGAGUCCUUAAGAAAAUAUCUCAAUAAAGUCUUGUUUUACAGGCAAUCAGUAAAACUAGACCGACCGAGUGAUUACGUAACUUCUAGGGUAGAAAAUCUAUAUAUAAGGCUUGGGAAGUAAGUAUUUGAAAAUACGUUUCGCAAAGCAACAAACUGGAUAAGCCAUUUUCCCGCUAUUUAUCUGUAGAAAUUUCCCGUAGAGAUCUGUAGAGGUAUUUAUCUUUGAGUAAAUAUAAGGACGUACCAAAGACCUUGAGUAACAACGGGGAAUUUUAAAACUCGUCAUUCACUGACUAGUGGAAUUCUCGCUAAAGUUAAAGAAACAGACCCGAAUAAGGAGACAGAAGAAAAAAACAAAACAAUAACAUGGAACAAACUGAAGUGAUUUUAUACAAGUGCUAAUUCAUCAGGGAUUGCUAUUGAAGGUAAAGGAACAAAAAGCAGCAAAAUCUCAAGAAAAAGGCAAAAGGGUCUCUCGACUAUCUAGAACAAUGGACAGUCAAAUGGUUAACCGCAUUCUUUACAUAAUAAUAUAUAUCUCGACAGCAGUUUUCUGCAGGUCUUCACCGAGUGAAAGUACGAACAAUCUGACGGAAAAACUAGAGAGAAAGAAAACAGGGAUACGUAUGAUGGCAUUGAUUCUGUUCAUCAUAACGUGUGCCUUAGUGUUUAUCUGUAAGAAUUUUGGUAAAAGCUCACAGCCACAAGAGUUUGAAGUGAUACGAAGUGUUUCGUCGGAAGAAUCGUCUGAGCCAUCGAUAAUUGUGGUCAAUAGCCCUUACGAUGAUGGGCACUAUGAAAACUGCCCACUGCAAUGUAACGUCAAGCUUGACAAGCAGACAAGUACUGAUUUGAUUCCUGCCUGGGAAGAGACUUCAGUACCCAUCAAGGCGAAACCAAUACCUCAAAUAAUAUUGGAACUAGAUACAAGAUCUUUAGAGACUCAACAAGUUGAACAACAAGAAAAACAGGUUACAGCAGAACAGUUUGGCAGAUCUACUUGUCCUGUUCAAGCACUGACUAGUAAAAUAACCAAAAACCAACUUCUAAAUUCUAGAUCUUUACAGCCUCAACAAGUUGAACAACAAGCAAAACGGGAUAUAAAACCCGCGUUAGGCAAGUCUGCUUGUUCUGUUGAAGCACUGCCUACAUGUAAUAGAAUAACGAGAAAAAAACUACUUGGGAAAGUUGUGGAUAUUAUGAGAAUUGGAUGGAGUUCAAAAGAGACGAGUAAAAUUGGAAUCUAGGUAAUUUAAUUCAGGAAUACUGGAAGAAGAUCUACUACGAAUGGAUUCGAACUGCCUUUGGCGAGGCUGGACUUCCGCAGAACAUCUGUCCACUACACUGAGAUAUUUCUACGCUCUGAUUGGUCGAAAAAAUGAAAUAUGUUAUUACUGCUUUAGAGCAGUUUUCGUAUGACUGUGAAAAGCUCAGUGCCGUAAGCGUGACGUGCCGUGA